AUGGGGCCCCUGGUCAUCGACCUGACCGAGACGCCGCCGCGCUCGCCGCUGGCAUUGGGCCGCAACGGCAUUUCAGUCGCAAACGGAGGCGGUGUCAACCACCAGAGCCAGCAUCAGCCUCUCGCCCAUCCGCCUCUGCCCGUGCCUCCUCCGUCGACGCCUCAGGCGCAGCAGCGGCCGCAGCAGCAGCAGCAUGACCCUCCUCCGCACGACGACGGGCCGCCGGCCAAGAAGAGGCGCGUGGACCUCAGCUGGGCCGAGAAGCAGAACAUUGCGUGUCAGCAGGUGUCUCCCUACGUGAGCCAGGCUCUGAGAUACCUCUCGCCUUCGCAGUACACUAUUGAUGAGAUUGCGAUCAAGGCCGUUUCGUUGUUCGCCAAGGAUCCUCUGUUUGUCACUCGCUUAGAUCAGGCGAAUGACUACACCCUCCCUCCCAAUGAUGAGUGGACGACGACAAGAGCGAGGAUGAUUAUCACGGAGCUGGCUAAGAGACCUGAGUUCCGAAUCAACACUCCCGCAAGAGCGCCCCCAACGGAGAGCUAUUUCGUACCGAUAAAGAGCGAUAUCGAACCAAUAAAAAGCGACAUCGCCCCAAUUCAGAGCGACGUAUUUCCAAGAGUGCAGACACCCCCUAAACAAGGCCUGCCGAGACCGUGGAUACAGCUCAGACAGCCGGCAAACCCAGCAGCUCGGAGACGCGAAGACACCCCAAAGACACACAAUGGCAGCAGGUGGAAGCCAGCUGCCGGCAGUGGCCCGUCACAAAACGCGUGGUUCGGGCUUGAGCGGCGGCCGUACCAAUCAGCGGCGGAUCGCGUGCUCAUUGCCAAAGGUGCCAACCGCCUGUACCGCGAGCUGAGAGAACAAAUCACUAGCCCGCUUGUGUACCAUGUGGACUUUACCUCUGAGGAAACUCAGCAAAUCAUGGCGUGUCUCUCGAAGUAUCUCCCGCCGGGCGGCCCCAUGACCCCUGAAUAUCUGGCACAGAUCUGCCUCCACUUCAAUGUUCCAUCCAUCGUCCAGAACACUUUGCCUCUGCGGACACCUGAAGAUGUACGCAAUUACUGCUCGGAUCUGCUCGCACGCAAGGCAGCGCCGCCCAGCCAAGCGCGGGUUCUGAGCCUCGAUCCGAAGGCGAGUAGAGCUCAGCAGCAGGAGAAGAGGCGUGCUAGUCGGGUGGCAUCCUUGCUGUUGGCUCGAGAAAUGGAAGGUAACCGAGGGUUCGGUCGCAUGCGUCAGUACGAAAACUUCCAGAACGAGUUCAGCAAGCUCCACGAAGACUCCCUGACACUGGUUGCCGAGUACACAAACUGCGCCGGAGACAUUGCGACGACCACUUGGGUUCCGAACAACAACGUCUUAUGCGGGACGACUGUGCAUUCGGACAGCCAUAAUCAGCAGUACAACAAGCCUGGCAACCUACUCCUUCUUUCGACCAAGUUGGGGCAACUCAAAGCAUUUGCCGAUCACAGGAUCCCGCGGCCGGUGGUUGACAAAGGAGAAAACUCGACAACGGCCAUGCGCCAAAGCCAGGACCCGUGGCUCUACUCGUCUGUUGUCUGCUCAGACUACGACCCCGUUCUUGGCUUGGCGUAUACCUCCAGCUUUGACAGAACGGUCAAGGUGUGGAAGGUCGAGGCGGAUGGCAGCACCAUGACCGCGUUGGCUACAUGGCACUUUGACGGCAACGUCAACUUUGUCUCCGCGGCCAAGGACGGCUCUGGGCGCGUUGCCACUGCGGCUGACGUCCCUACCGAGGCCAUUCGCAUAUACACCGUUAACCUGACUGACCUCGCGAAUAGCCCUUAUAUCUCCUUCUCAUGCACACGUACCGACGCCAACGGUUCGGAUAAGUGGGCAUACUAUCCUGCGACAAUGCAAUGGGGCCGUGGUCCGAGCUGCAGGCAUCUGCUUGCUGUGGGAUAUUCUCCUCGAAGCUUCUCCGGGGAUGACCAUGAUAUUCCAGAAGAGAAGCACGACACGGGUGAGAUGACGCUCUGGGACGCGGUUCAAAACCAGAGAAUCCCCAUCACGACGGCGGCAACCGCCAACUAUUUUGAAGUGGCCUGGCAUCCGGUCUUACCAAGGUUCAUUGCCGCAACCUCUCCUUCCCAGAUCAAGGCCAUGCCCGGGGUGCGAUCUCAAAUCCACUUGUUUAGGGCCCAAGUGGACGGAUUUGCCGAGUACCACAACCUCGACUGCUUUGCGUCUGACAUCAACGAACUUACCUUUAUGCCCAACUCGGCAACGCACGCAUACGUCACUGCAGGGUGUACGGACGGCAAGGUGUAUGUGUGGGAUACUGCGCAGGGAGACAAGCCUGUGCUCAUUCUGCAGCACGGCCGCCCCCUGGACGAAUACUAUGAAGACCGCGAGAAGGAAGACACGGGAGUCAAGUUUACGGCCUGGGGGAACAGCCUCGAUCGCUUUUAUACGGGUGCUAGUGACGGGACCGUCAUGGUGUGGAACAUACGCCAGAAAUCCAACCCAUACGUGCGAACUCUUUUGGAGGCCCCUGGCCCUAUCUCCUGCGGUGCCUUUUCUCCCGAUCUUAGAAAGAUGGUGGUUGGCGAUGCUACCGGCCGUGUCUUCUUGUUCUCUGUAGACAAGGAGGACGAGCCAGAGGCGCACUUUAUCAAGAUCCCGGGCGUGGACCGGCGGCUGCGACGGCCUACGCCUUUUAUACCACACCCUGAGCCAGAACCUCCUUACCAGGAUCCAUCGAGCUCGAACAGCAUGGUUGAAGACGACGACGACGACGACAUGCACAUUGCCGACUUGGUAAGGCGGAUGUAUCUGGACACGCAGCAACUCGUCAUCCACCCCAACCCUACCAUUGGCGCCGUCCAAGGCCCAAACUACGCCUCAACAGGCCUCUUCCGUCGAGAAGCACACCUCGACCAAGACCCCGCAAACCACUUACUCAUACCCUUUGAACGGGCCCGGGACCAGAGACUCGCAGCAAGCCGCAGCGGCCAGGCAAUCCGCCUGCGGAGACUCCGCAACCCGGGACCGCCAGAUGCGCGGCUGCACGCGUCGAACAAGGCGCGCGAGUUUGACGAGGAGGAGCUGCCGCAGCCUGACUUGGCGGAUUUCGUUGCGUCCAGGGUGGAGUUUGUGCUGAGCGAGGUGGAUUGCGGGUUUGUUUACGAGGAGGUGGUGCCCGAGGAGGAGGGGGAGGAGUGGAUGGGAUAG